AUGAGAAGCAAGGGUUUAUCGUCCGCCGUCCGCUCGCAUAUUGAUCAGUCCUAUCCCUACAACCUCGGCACGUUUUACCGUCCCAUUAGCACCACAAGCACAGAUGCCCAAAUCUGGUUCAACCGCGGCCUGACUUGGGCGUAUGCCUUCAAUCACGAGGAGUCAGCAAGGUGUUUUCAGCGAGCCAUUGAUCAUGAUCCAUUCUGCGCCAUGGCUUACUGGGGACUCGCGUUCGUCUUGGGACCUAACUAUAAUAAGCCUUGGAAGGUCUUUGACGGAGAAGACCUCGCGGAUACUACCAAGCGCGCUCACCACACUAUCAUGCAGGCAAAGGGGCACUCUGCCAAGGCGAUGCCUGUCGAGACCGCUCUCAUCAACGCUCUGAUCUGCCGAUAUCCGCAACCAGUGCCCGCCAAAGAUUGUUCGAAAUGGAAUCAGGACUACGCUCAGGCUAUGGACGCGGUGCUCCAAGCUUACCCGGACGACCUUGAUGUAGUUGCCCUCUGGACUGAUGCCACAAUGAACGUCACGCCUUGGAAAUUGUGGAACUACAAAACCGGAAAACCUACCCCUGGUGCCAGAACGUUAGAAAUCAAGGAUGUGAUGGAUCGCACUUUCAGGCUGAGAGGCUCUCUACAGCACCCAGGCCUCCUUCAUUUAUACAUCCACCUCAUGGAAAUGUCACCAACUCCUGAAGCCGCCCUUACGAUAGCUGACAAUCUACGCGGACUCGUACCAGACGCGGGACACCUGGAGCAUAUGCCCACUCAUCUCGACAUUAUCUGUGGGCAAUACCGUCGCGCCAUAGCUUCUAAUUCUGAUGCUAUUCGUGCUGACUCCAAGUUUCUUGCCCGCGAAGGUCCCAUCAACUUCUAUACCUUGUAUCGUUCUCAUGACUACCAUUUCAGGCUGUAUGCCGCCAUGCUAUGCGGUCAAUCCAAAGUAGCCCUCGAGACGGUUGAGGAACUCGAAUCCACCAUAUCUGAGGAUCUCUUGCGAGUCCAGUCGCCGCCCAUGGCAGACUGGCUAGAGGGUUUCCUUGGCAUGCGAAUGCACGCACUCAUUCGAUUCGGCCGAUGGAAUGACAUACACGCCCUCGAACUUCCCCGGGAUUCCAAGCUUUACUGCGCAACGACAGCCAUGACGCAUUAUGCCAAGGGAAUUGCAUUCGCUGUGCAAGGCAGGGUGGAGGAGGCAGAGAAACAGCGUAUUCUGUUCGCUAAAGCAUUGGAGCGGGUGCCCGCAUCUCGCUCAGUCUUCAACAAUUCCUGCCAGGAGAUUCUUGCAAUUGCAGAGACCAUGUUGGACGGCGAGCUGGCCUAUCGGAAGGGCGAAUACGAUAUUGCAUUCACACACCUACGUAAGGCCGUGGAGAGAGAUGACGCCUUGCCCUACGACGAACCAUGGGGCUGGAUGCAGCCGGCACGGCACGCCCUCGGCGCAUUGCUCUUGGAGCAAAGGCGUGUAGAGGAAGCAGCGGACGUCUACAGCGCAGACCUCGGAAUCGACGAGACCCUUCCCCGGGCACUGAGGCAUCCCAACAAUGUUUGGGGUCUGCACGGGUUUUACGAAUGUCUGGUGAAGCUUGGACGCAAUGACGAGGCCAAGAUCCUCAAGCCGCAAUUGAACUUGGCAUUGGCUGUGGCCGAUGUUCCCAUCAAGUCGUCAUGCUUCUGUCGUCUGAAAACUGUUGAUUGA